GGGAAUUGCGUCUUUCACUUACAAGCUCUGAAGCUCAGGAGUUGUUGCAUGUUGUUUGACUAGCUUCGAGCUGGUACCAGCUAUUAUGCGUAUUUCAUAUAUUGCCAAGUAAUAUGUAAUAAUUUAGCAAACAAGGAUAGAAUGGUCCACGAGUCCAACCCAAACGAUUACGCGGCUGGCGACGCAGGGAAUGCUAGUGGACGGUACACCACUGGUUCAAAUGGUAUACCACCUAUGCUGCCAUCAGUCAAGUCGGUCUGGCUGGACGCAUUCAACGAUCCUGUCGCGGGCAUCUCAGCCUACACGCCCUGCGUCCACACUUGUAAUCUGUUUGGCGACGGCGAGAACAGGCUCGUCAUAGCGGAUGAGGACCGAAAGCUCAAGAUCUGGAAGGGCACGCAGAAGGCGUCAGAGCACCCGCUCCUAGACACACCGGUAGCCAUCUGCAGCUACAUUUCGGAGAACACCGCGCCGCGGUUACCGGCACUUGCGGUGGCUGCAGGCUCGCACAUCUACAUAUACCGCAACCUGCGGCCUUACUACAAAUUUGUGCUGCCGCCUGAGAAUGUGAACACGGAGGAACAGGACAUAUGGCAGAAGGUGAUGGAGGGGGAGAUUGUGAUCGGCGAGGCGGUGGCGCAGCUGACGCGGCUGCAGGACGCGGGCGUGGUGCUCCAGACCCGGUCGCUUCAGCUGAUGAACAUCGGCGACCCAGACGCCAAGAUGGCGUUCGUGGAGCACUGGCAGGGCCAGCCGUUGGUGGCCACCACGGUCAUCACCUGCAUGGACGUGGUGAAACAAGCCAUUGACGAGCCUGACGCCGUGAGCUGCCUGGUGGUGGGCACCGAGUCCGGCCGCAUCCUCAUCCUGAACCCGGCGGGCACGGCCAUUGUGAAGAACAUCUGGGUGGGCAUCACGCCCGCCAUGAUCGCGGUGCAGGGCGAGCUGGACGUGGGCUACCGCAUCACGGUGGCUGGGCGGGACGGCAAGCUGUACCACAUCCGCAACGGCGAGCUCAGCCAGACCAUCAUCCAGCUGGAGGCGCAGCCGGUCGGACUGGUGCGCCUGGCCAAGCACGUGGCGGUGGGCUGCAUGAACGACGUGGUGCACGCCUACACGCCCACCGGCCACAAGUCCUGGAGCCUGUACCUGCCCUGUCACAUCCUGGCCAUGCAGCGAAUGGAGGUGACGGGCCAGCGCAACACCAAGGCGCUCAUCGUGGCGCUAUCCAACGGCGAGGUGCGGGUGUACAACGAGAAGCUGCUGGUGAGCGUGCACGUGAGCCCCAACCCCGUCACGGCGCUGUGGUUCGGGCGCUACGGCCGCGAGGACAACACUCUCCUGGCCAUCACCAAGAGCGGGGCGCUGGACAUCAAGAUGCUGCCGCGCACUGCCAACCUGGAGGCCGGGGCCAUCGGUGGCGGGCCGCCGCCAGAGCAGGAGAUCCCGCUGGCGGUGCCUAAGAAGACCCGGCUGUAUGUGGAGCAGACGCAGCGCGAGCGCGAGCAGGCUGCGGACAUGCACCGCACUUUCCAGCGGGACCUGGCCAAACUGAGGCUCACCACCGCACGGGCGUAUGUCAAGGUCCUCACCGAUGGCCAGGGCGCCGCGGCCUUCACGACCAACACUAACCUGUCGCUGUCGCUGAACAUUGCUGGUCUGGGGCCGCGCUUCCGGCUUUCGCUGCUGCUUCGCAACGAUGGCAGCACGCAGCUGAACGACAUCCCGGUGGCGCUGCGGGCGGAUGCGGGGCUGUACAGCUUGGGCAAGACGCAGUUCACGAUACCCUUCCUGGUGCCAGGCCUGCAGUACACGUUCGAGGUGCCUGUCACGGCGAUCGACCCGAUGGCUGGCACCGGCACCAUCACGGUGCUGCUGCUGGCGCCCGGUGGUGUGUCCAGCAGUGCGCCGCUGUUGCAGGCGCAGAUCAAGAUGCCCAUGAGCGAGCCGGAGGAGGUGGAGUAAAUACAGAGAGGUGGUGGCUGUAUCAGAGGAAGGCGGUGGUGUGGGCGGGCGCAGGAUACGCGGUUGCGAGUACAGUUAUGCUGGUGGUACAAUGCGCAGGGCUGGGAUGGGUGGAGCACGGAGAUGCUGAUAGCAGGAGAGGCCAUGGUGCCGGUGAGGCCCACACGUUGUAACGGUGAAUGAGAGGAGGCUGGGCGUCCUGGGGUGUUGUCCGAUUGCUUGUACGUGUAGUGCAUGGUGAUAUUCAACAAGUUAGCAGCAUGCAAGGGCGUCAGCACGGAGUGACAACGAUCACCUGGUGUUGUUGGUGACAUUAUGUUGUACCAGGCAUGCAGUGAGUCAGUGACGUGGGAUGCAGUGCAUGGGAUGCGGCACCGGUAACGCAUUGUAGCCUCUCUGAACGGACGUUGCGUAGCCCUAGCUUCUCGGAGCGAUGCGCCAAUGCGUGUGCCGGUGUGCGAAUCUGACGCCCUGGCUCUUGACCGCGGCGCCGUAUCAGUGGAGUACCGGGCCUCGUUUGAAAGGCCUAGUUGACCCAACAGU